AUGGCAUAUGGCCGUGUUCUUUCUCAAUUCACUGGUCGCUCGCGGCCGACAUUCUUCUUUAAUCAUUCCUCUCGUUUUCUAGAGACCUUCAACGGAGACGAAACAAUCGACUUGACGAACAUGAGCGUUCCGACCAUGACUGUGACACCAUUGACAGUGGAGAUUGAGACCUCAUCAACGAAGCUGUCAUUGCAGGCUCAUCUCAACAUUAUAUAUUCGGAAGGGGACGACACGCAGGAGAUGAAUCCGAACCCAAUGGAGAAAAAUGUGAUUCUUCAACGUCAUAAACUGGAAGAGCCGCCUCUUGCUUCCCACCAUUUUACAAAGACUGAACCGUCAUCGAGCUCUUCAACUAUUGACAAUCUCGACACUUCUUCAAUUCAUGGCGAGCAGCUUUACUUCAAUGUUUUGGUCUUCCCUGGGGGAUAUCGCAAGCUCACUGUAAGCGGCGAUGAAGAGCUUUCGCAUGGCCAGCAGGCACUGGCCACCAGAUUGAUGAGCAGCUUUGUCUCACAGUUAUUGGAUUUAAUCGAGACGUGA